AUGAAAUUCGAACGCGAGGAGAAAGUCAUUAGAGACGAGCACAAAGAUAGUAGGGUACAGAAAGAGCUUGAGAAAGAGGAAACUGAGAAGGAAGACAAUGAGAUAAGAGCGAACAUGUUCAAUUCCCACCCACGUUGGGCGAAGCUCUACAUUUUUGUCUUAGCCUGCCAAAUUCUUCUUUCUGUUGGCUCAAUAUUGGCUAUUCUGGUGUUUUGCUUUACGCUCCGCCAUAUUACCGAAAAAAACUUAACGCUCGGCCAUGUCAAGGAGAUUAUGUGUGCUUUUAUGACUAUCAAGGUUUUAGAGGCUUUCUACGAUUUCUUCAGCUAUUCUGAAAAGUCGAUUAUCUCCAUCCUUCGUCAGAAGCGAAUUUACGGGGCGAGUCUGUACGAUUUAGAAAAUAAUGCUGUGGAAGAGAAGAUAGCCUCAAUGCAGGAAAAAGUUGUGCGCAAGAAAAGCGAAUUGGUAGCGGAACAGUGCUAA